CGUAAAAAAAUUUAUAUUUUUUUUAAAUAAAAACAAAAUCGUGAUCAAUAACAAAGUGUGAUUUUCUAAUAUGAAUUGCAAUUCUCGAUCUGAUCAACAAAAAUGAAGCAAUCAAACGCCUGAAACGUGCUCAAGAAUUUUUUGUUUUCUUUCAAUUUUCUAAGUUUUUCAUCGAUCUGCGUUCCUUCACUGUGUUUUAUUCCUAUGGCUGCACCGUUUUUCUCAACUCCGUUUCAGCCUUAUGUUUACCAGAGUCAGCAAGAUGCGGUGAUUCCUUUCCAAAUUUUAGGUGGUGAAGCACAGGUGGUUCAGAUAAUGUUGAAACCGCAAGAAAAGGUUGUUGCUAAACCAGGUUCUAUGUGCUUCAUGUCUGGUUCCGUUGAAAUGGAGAACACUUUCCUCCCUGAAAAUGAAGUAGGUGUAUGGCAGUGGCUUUUUGGAAAGACAGUCACGAGUAUUGUACUUCGCAAUGCUGGUCCUAGUGAUGGAUUUAUUGGAAUAGCUGCACCUUCUCUUGCAAGAAUACUUCCGAUUGAUUUAGCAAUGUUUGGUGGAGAAAUUUUAUGCCAGCCAGAUGCAUUCCUUUGCUCUGUAAAUGAUGUAAAGGUCAGCAGUACUGUUGAUCAGAGGGCGCGUAAUGUCAUGGCCAGUGCAGAGGGUUUUUUGAGACAGAAGCUGUCUGGACAGGGACUUGCAUUUAUUAUUGCUGGAGGAUCUGUUAUACAGAAAAACCUUGAGGUGGGCGAGGUAUUAUGUGUUGAUGUAUCUUGCAUUGUUGCCGUUAAUACCACAGUCAAUGUCCAAAUUAAAUACAACGGUCCCAUGAGAAGGGCAGUCUUCGGUGGUGACAAUUUAGUAACAGCAACUCUAACCGGACCGGGCAUUGUUUUUAUUCAGAGUUUACCUUUUCAACGAUUUUCUCAGCGCAUAGCGAGGGCAGUGACAUCCCCAAACAUGAGAGAAAAUCCAAAGUUCUUCGUGCAGAUAGCCAUUUUCUUUUUUCUGGCAUAUGUUGUGAUUGUAUCUUCAUUAAUUUUGACCGAUGUGAAUUAGGGUCUUUCCAUUUUAAUGUCUUCUUCUUUAUGAGGAAACUUAUGAUUAAUCAUUGUAGCAGUAUCCCGUUCUACUUAAUUUGAAUAUAGUCAUAUCAAUAGAAACAAAGCAAUUUCCAUUUA